UUUGACAGGCAGAGUGGACAGUGAGAGAGAGAGACAGAGAGAAAGGUCUUCCUUUGCCGUUGGUUCACCCUCCAAUGGCUGCCGCGGCCGGCGCGCUGCGGCCGGCGCACCGCGCUGAUCCGAUGGCAGGAGCCAGGAGCCAGGUGCUUUUCCUGGUCUCCCAUGGGGUGCAGGGCCCAAGCACCUGGGCCAUCCUCCACUGCACUCCCUGGCCACAGCAGAGAGCUGGCCUGGAAGAGGGGCAACCGGGACAGAAUCUGGUGUGCCGGCGCCGCUAGGCGGAGGAUUAGCCCAUGAAAAGAAUGCAUUUUUUUCUGCACCCACUGAGGUAAACUUCACAAUGCUUGGCAUCUAGUAAAAAAUUCUUGGCUUGCAAAGACGUAGGAAAGUAGGAUCCAUAAUGAAGAAAAGAAUCAACCAUGGAAACCUACCCAGAAAUGGCACAAGUGAUAGCAAAUAAGGACAUUAAAACAGGUGUACUUAUAUGCCAUAUAUUGAGGACAUGAGGGCAACAGUUGAGCUUUAGACAUGGCACAUGUAAAAACAGACUCAUUGAACUUCUAGAAAUAAAAGAAUCUUUAGUAUGAAAAUACACAUGAGAUUAAUGGCAGAAUUACAUAUUGCAGAAGAAUUAGUGAACUUGAAGAUACAGUAACAGAAAUUAAAAACAAGGGGCCAGCGCUGUGUCAUAGUGUAUAAAGCUGCUGCCUGCAGUCCCGGCAUCCCGUAUGGGCACUGGUUCAAGUCCCAGCUGCUCCACUUCCGAUCCAGCUCUCUGCUAUGGCCUGAGAAAGCAGCGGAAGAUGGCCCAAGUCCUUGGGCCCCAGCACCCACAUGGGAGACCCGGAAGAAGCUCCUGGCUCCUGGCUUCAGAUCAGUGCAGCUCCGGCCAUUGAGGCCAUCUGGGGAGUGAACCAGCGGAUGGAAGACCUCUCUCUCUCUCUCUCUCUCUCUGCCUCUGCUUCUCUGUAACUCUACCUUUCAAAUAAAUAAAUAAAAUCUUAAAUAAAAUCUUAAAUAAAAUAUAGAGAAAAAUAUUUUAAAAGUUUUUUUUUUUUUAAUGAAGGAAACAUCAGUGAAUUAUGGGAUAACUUCAGAUGGCCUUACUCGGGAAUGUGUAAGUAGAGUCCUGAAGGGAGAAAGAUAAAAUAUUUGAAGAAAUAAUGGCCCCGAGGUUUCCAGAUCUGAUGAAAACUGUAAAGCCACCAAUCCAUGGUCAGCAAAGCCUAAGCAUAAGAAACAUGGAAAAGGGGCCAGAAUCGGUAGGCUGCCACCUGUAACUCCAGCAUCCUGUAUCAGAGUACUGGUUUGAGUCCUGGCUGCUCCACUUCCAGACCAGCUCCCUGCUAAUGUUCCUGGGAAGGCAGCGUAAGAUGGCCUACAUGCUCGGGCCCCUGCACCCAUAUGGGACACCAGGAUGGAAUUCCUAACUCCCAGCCUUGGCCUGGCCCAGCCCUGGCCAUUGUGACGAUUUGGGGAGUGAACCAGUAGAUGGAAGAUUUCUUUCUAUGUGUGUGUAUACUUUUCUCUAUCGCUCUGCCUUUCAAAUAAAUGAAAAAAAAUUUUUUUUAAAAUGAAGAAAAUUACAUUAUCAGAUUUCUUAAAGUCAAUAAUGAUUUUUUAAAAAUCUUAAAAGCAGCUUGAUCUAAAAAGAUGGAUUACAGAUAGACAAAGAUAAGAAUUAUAGCAGAUUUCUUGUUGGAAACAUUUUAGGUAGAAGAAAGUGAGGUUACGUCUUAGAGUACUGAAAAAAGAAAACUGAACCUGAAAUUCUGUACCAACUGAAAAUAUUUUUCAGAAAUGAAGGCAAAAUAAAAUUUUUAGACAUACAAAAGGUGAUAUGUAUUAUAGGAAGUGUUUAAGGAAAUGUUUUAAGUAGAAGGAAAAUGAUACCAGAUAAAGCUCUGGAUUUAUACCAAAAAAAUACUGGAAAUUAUAACUAUGAAUAGACACAGAGGAUUUUGUAAUUUUAAAGCAGAAAUAACUGUUUAAGGUUUAUAGUAUAUGUGUGAACAAAAUGUGAGACAAGAAUAGGGCAGCAGCCAGGACAGGAAAGUAGAAGGACAUUGUCAGAUUAUUAUACUGUAUGAGAUUGUGGUUAAUCAUUUCAAGGUAGACUGGGAUAAGUUAAAUUUUAUACUUUAUUUUAUUUUUUAAAUUUACUUGACAGAUAGAGUUAUAGACAGUGAGAGAUAGAGAGACAAAGAGAAAGGUCUUCCUUCCGUUGGUUCACUCCCCAAUGGCCGCUACGGCCGGCACUGCACCAAUCCGAAGCCAGGUGCUUCUUCCUGGUCUCCCAUGCGGGUGCAGGGGCCCAAGCACUUGGGCCAUCCUCCACUGUCUUCCCAGGCCACAGCAGAGCUGGACUGGAAGAGGAGCAACUGGGACUAGAACCCGGCACCCAAAUUUUAUGCUUUAAAGCAUAAAGCAAUCCCUAAGUUAACAUGACAAAGAAUUAUAACUAAAGAGCUGAAAAAGGAGAUAAAAUGGAGCUACAAAAAAUUCAAUCCAGAAUAGAAUCUAAAAACAGAAGUGGAAAAAAUGUAAGAGAAAAUUAGAUAACAGACUUAAACCUAACCAUAGCUGUACCCAUAUUAAAUGUAAAUGGUUUAAAUAACUCAGUUAAAGACAGUCACGCUUUUUGGCUCCUUAGACCCUCUAUUCUAUGUGUGCAGCACAAAAGGUUCCCUGGCACUAAACAGAAUGUGUCAGCCUCAGUUCGUAUGUUAAUGCCUUCCCAGAUGUACAAGGGGGACUUCAUUUGUGGGCACAGCCUCCCUUUGCUCUGUCGUGACUUUCCGUAAUGUCCCAGUACCUGCCAGGUAAGAAUUUUAAUCUUCACACUUAAUGUCUUGCAUUUAGCCUGUAAGAAAGGAUUCAUACAAGGAGAGAUCAAGCCGAGUACAUGUUCUGCUCUCUGUAGCCUGGUCUUAGGCAGUGUUUCUGAAUAGGAUGAGUGGGCAUUUUUGAUUGUCCUAGUGGGAGUGAUGUCAGGAGGGGCACUAGUGGCAUCUAGUGGGUAGAGGCCAGCAGUGCCACUAAAUGCCCCACAAUGCCCAGGACAGCACCCACGUGACAAAGAAUUACUGGACCCACAGAGUCAGUAGUGCUCAGGCUGAGAAACCCUGGGUCAGAAGGACAGGGAGGGAAACCAGGUCUCAGGAGCCAGCCUGCCUUUGUCUUGCUUGGAGAAUCGAGCUGGAGAAGGCAGGAGGGAGUUUCUUUCUCAGUCUGAAUAUACUCAGAUACACCCUAGAAAAUAUUCCUUUGCAUGUACUUCUAGCAUGCGUCACAUUGAAUUACAGUUCACUGCGUUUGACAUCUGUCUUUCAUAAUGUAAAUAUGGUAAUUUGACAGUAGGUAUUAAAUCUAGUUACUGAUUUUUAUAUCCCCAAAACUUAGAUUGUUUAGCUAAUUCCAUGAUCAGAUGAAUAGGAUGAAUGCCCCCCAAAAAACUAUCUCAAUAGUGUACCUGUAGCUCAUUCUUAUUAAACCCAAAAUAAAUUUCCGGGGAUCCCUAAUGGAUCCACUUCUGGUGUCUCACCUAUCUUCAUGGAAGAAGCUUAAUAAGUUAUUACAUGGUGGCACUCAUUUAUUCCUGGGAUUGUGAAUCAGAUCAGUGUUAUGUUUAUAAUAUACAAAUGAAUAUAAGGAAACUAAAAUGUGGCCGUUUUCUUUAGCAACUAUACAUAUUCCUAUAUGGACCUUUAGGUCUGCCUCUGAUGUCGUCAAGUUGGAAGGAGCCAACUACUGCUAUCUUCAAAGACACCUCUUAUUUCAUUGACUGGAAAAAAUACCACUUGUGCAUGGUGCCCCAUUUGGAUCUCGAUUUGGACAAAGAUGUCAUGCUUCCAGAUGUGGGUUAUCAGGUGGGAUCCAGUCAGCAGGAUCAGUCUCAGAAUAUGGACCCUCCAGGACGAACUCUGCUACUUUUUCUCUUUAUGGAUUUCCACAGUGGAUUUCCAGUCCAGCAAACGGAACUCUGGGGGGUCCACACUCUGCUCACAACUCACCUCAGUACCGUCCUCAGGGAGAGCCACAGUGCGGUGCGAGAUUCCAUCCAGUUCACCGUGGACCAAGUCCUGGGGCAGCAUCAUCAGGCCGUCAAGACCCAGCAGAAACUGAAGGCCUCCCUCUCUGUGGCUGUGAAUUCCAUCCUCACCAUUGUGACUGGGAGUACCGAUGGCAGCUUCCGAAAGACCUGUCUCCAGGCCCUUCAGGCGGCUGACACACAGGAGUUUGGGACCAAACUGCACAAAGUAUUCCAUGAGAUCACGCAGCACCGAUUUCUUCACCAGGGCCCAUGUGACAGGAAGCAGCCGAGCCCACAGGAAAAGGACUCAGCCCCGAGGACCCAGGCCGCCCGUGAGCACACCUGCCCAGAACGCUCUGCAGUUGGGGGUAGGAGGCAGUCGUUGCUCAAGUCCGCAGCGGAGGCGUGUGCACAGCAGACACUGUACUUCAGGUCAGGUUUAAGAGAUGUGAGUGCGCGGCUUACAACUCAGAGUCUGUGCAGUGAGGAGAGGGAUGCACACGGAACCCAGGCCCUCUCGUGGGCGCCCUGGGGUGCUGGCCUCGCCACAGGCGGGGUUUCACGUGGCCAGCUGCCUCCCCUGAGGCCUCUGACGUGGCAAGGCGUCUCUCCGGGAAAGUCCUCUUCACCCCGAAGCUGACAUCUCUCGUAUCGGAGACUGACAGACUCCCCCGGUUCCCCUGCUCCCCGCCUCUGGAGCCCUGGCCAGGAGCCCACCCCACUCCCUCCUGACUUCCCGACGGGCGUGGGCACUCCACGAGGGCCCGCUUCAACCCCUGACCACGAUCAGCUCCUCUCCCUCCACCUCCGGCCCGGUCAGCGGCGCUGCCGUGUGGCUACCAGCCUCUGCGAGGCCUCCCACGAACACCUCUGACCCCCGGUGGGCCCAGCCCCACCCCCGCCUGCUCGGGUCCUCGCCUGUGCGGUGAACGUGUCCACAACACCGGCAACCCUGCACUGGCCGCCUCCUUACUCCCACCGGAACAAUCCACUUCCGACCUUCGGCCGUGGGCGCAGCGGGGCCUUCGUGUGGGUGCCGCUGGAUGCGGUGCACGAAGGCUCCCUUCAUCCCUCAUCCCUCAGGCGUCUCCCCAGGGAGCCCUCCCGCCCCCAGAGGGGGGGCGGCGUCCGUCUCCUCCCCCGGCCCUGGCCACCUCCUGCCCCCAGGCCCUGCCCAGCGCGAAGGGAGCGGAAAAGGGGGAGGGGCGGGGCGGCCCGGCAGCGCGGACCCCAGAACGGGCGGCGGGCCUGGAGGGGGCGGCGGCCCCAGCUGCCCCUCCCCAGGCCCGCGUGCAGCCUCGGCCUGCUCAAGGCCGCGCGGGACAAGGACCAGGACAGCUGCUCGGCGCCCGCGCCCGCGCCCCCGCGAAGCCCGGGCCACGCGAGUCCGCCCCGGGCCACGCGAGUGCGCUGCAGUGGGGCCGUUCCUCGCAGAGAACAAGAGGCUCAAGACGGGCGUGGACGAGACGCGAGCCCCGAGCCCGGCGGCAGCGGCCGCGCGCCGCCCCGAGCCCCGCGCGGCCCCGGCCCCGGGCGCGCCGAGCCCCGGGC